CAGUAUCCUCUGUGUCAGUGUCAAAGUUAUAUUAUUUGUAUUCUUGUGUCCAUUAUUGCGUCAUACUCUCUCAGGCCAGCAAAUAAUUCCACCAAAUCGCAGCACUUGGUGUUUAAUCUGUAGUGCAAAUAUCGUGGAAACACAAUUAUCCCCUUCAAUUGAUACACAGUUCAUUAUUGACUCAGAAUUAAAAUCGGACGAGAAAUACAAGUGAAAUCAAUUUCUGUCUCGUUUUCACAUGGCAGUCUUGUGUGCUGUCGCCAAUCAAGUCACUUUUAAUUAUCAAAUACCUUGCCAUCGAGAUAAUUUACACCAUCCUAAAACAUAAUUGACAGCAGAGAAAACGAAAAAGUUUACAAUGGCACCAAAAAACAAAGAGAACUCUAACUCAACCAAAAAGAAAAAUAGGAAUGUGGUGGUGGAGGAGGACGAUGACGAUGAAGAUUAUCGUCGACGAAGAGACAGAAAUAAUCAAGCGGUCAAACGUUCCAGAGUGAAAAGUAAACUUCGAACUCAACAGACUCUGGAACGAGUCAAUCAGUUAAAGACCGAGAAUGAACUCCUAGAAGAGAAAAUCAAAAUGCUGACGAAGGAGUUGGGCUUCCUCAAAGACUUAUUCCUAGCUCAUGCAGGCUCAAAUCAACACACACUGUCGACAAUCCAAGACAUAGACCUGAACGCUCUACUUGCGGAUGACUCGACGACGAGUCAGAAGGGCACAACGAGAUUCUAAAUUCUACCAAGCGCCACGGUGUUAAAUUAAUAAAUCAGUGUCGUUGAAUUAUUGAAUCUCCAGUGAAAUUCAACGGUGAGCGGCAAAUGUCGGCCAUCUUGGAACGAUGCCAACUCCGGAGCAAUUUGCCUGGCGCUGCUCAAAAAAUCAGAGCAAAAAAAAUACGGAAAAAAUUAUAGACCUUCUUUCACCCUCUCAGCAGCUCCAAAAUUUAUGCCAUGCGAGAGGGAAAUGAAUUUAUAAACAAUCAUUGAAGGAAAAAAUCAUGACUAUUCAGCGUUUGUCAAAUUAUAUUGUGCACAAAAAAUAAUUGAUAUUGUUUAAAAUGAGUAUGGCAGGUGAAUGACUAAUUUUAGUACGAUGCCGAAUAAAUAUAUUUUUCUAUAGAUUGAUUGUUUAUAAAUCAUUUAUCGGAAAAGUUCGUAAUUUUCAAAAAUUGAAAUUUUGUAAAAAAAAGUAAACAGUUUAAUUUUUUUUUCGAUUUUUGUAAUGUUUCCUAGUGUUUCAAGAUCGAGAUUCAACCUUAGUCUCGCAAACAUUGAAUAAAAAAAUCAUUGAAAAAUAUUCGGAAGCCUAUAAUCAAACGGGGCUCAGACGAAAACUGUGAUGUUCGACUGCAGAGAUAGAAAAGUAUUUCGCUGGCGAAAAAUGGCUAAAAUAUUUGGCUAUCAUGAAGUUGAGUUAGCCCUUUGAGGAAUUUUGGAGGAACACCCCAAAUGUGAGGGAGAAAAGAAUUAUCUUAAGAACAAAUCGAGGAUGACAAAAAUAUUGCUAUCCUUCCUACACCCAUGGAAAUAUUCUCUGUUCAAAUUUAAUAUUUACAAAAUAGUAUGUUGUAACUGCGAGAACGUAAAUAAACGUGAGUCACUCGAGCGUUCCAAUGUACAAUAGUAUUAUAAGCUCCCAGAGAAUGGAGCAAUUGGAUUAAUAAAAAAAGACGAAAAAAAAUAAAUCUAGCAAAAAGUCA